AUGCCAGUCUACUGCAUUACCGGUACCAACCGCGGGCUCGGGCUCAAGUUCGCCCCGCAGCUAGCCCAGUCGAGCGACAACACCAUCAUCGCCACGACCCGGUCCCUCGACUCGGACCUUACCGAGCUCAAGACCUGCGACACAGGUAAUGUCGCGUCCAUCCACUCCUUCGUCAAGGAGGUGGCCCAGCUGCUCGGCGGCAGCAGAAAAAUCGACGUCCUGCUCAACAGCGCCGGCGUCAACCUCGGCUCGUCGCAGAGCUCGCUCACCCUCGGCCCGGACGAACUGCACAAACAGAUGGACAUCAACGUGAUCGGCCCGGCUAAGGUCGUGGAGCUGCUGCUCGACGCUGGCCUGCUGUCGAGCGACGUACGCAUCCUCAACAUGAGCUCGGGCCUGGGCAGCAUGCAGCGCAGCUCCGAGAUCAAGCCGCGCAAAUGCGCCGGGUACUCCAUCUCCAAGGCCGGCCUUAACAUGCUUACGGUCCACCAAAGCGAGGACCUAAAGCCGCACCUGCCUGGCGCCGUGGUCAUCGCCAUGGAUCCUGGCUGGGUCAAGACAAGUAUGGGCGGUGACGGGGCGGUCCUUGAGCCGCAUGAGAGUAUUGGAGGGAUGCUGCGGGUGCUGCACGGGCUGCGGAGCGAGGAUAGUGGGCUUUACUAUCAAUACAAUGGCGACAGGAUUCCUUGGUAG